CACACACACACACACGCACGCACACACGCACACACGCAUUCGAUUAGUGGAGCGCGUGCCACCCGGUUCUCUCCUCUCGGGUACCGCGUGAGCAAAAACAAGACAGAAAUCCAGGCUUCAGGAAGGCUGCUUCUUCGCAGGUUUGCCUUAAACUCGCAAUGUAAAGACGCCCCUUUGGGCGUAAGUGCCAGUCGUUAUUACCCCCCCACCCCUCCCUAGGUGUGACAGCCGACACGGUGGACUUUUCUAGCGCGUGCCGUAAAGUGUUGGACAUUUAAACCGGACAGCUUGUAAUUUGACUUUAGAUUUUGUGUUUUUGUGUGUGCUUGGUACCGGAUCGUGGUGAACCCGUGGCUGGAUAUGACGCAUCGGUGCCAGUGAAGAAGAAGGAGGACUAGGAGGAGGAGGAGGAGGAGGAGGAGGAGGAGGAAGGUUUGGAUCAGUAGUAAAUCCGCACCGCAGAGACAGAACCGAGGGGUGGAACAUCAUGUCGGGAACGGGGAAGUUUAAAAAGGAGAAGGAGAUCCUUACGGAGUAUGAGAGCCAAGUGAAAGAGAUCCGCUCUCAGCUGUUGGAGCAGCAGAAAUGUCUGGAGCAGCAGACGGAGAUGAGAGUACAGCUCCUCCAGGACCUGCAGGAUUUCUUCCGCAAGAAGUCCGAGAUCGAGAGCGAGUACUCGCGCAACCUGGAGAAGCUGGCUGAGCGUUUCAUGGCCAAGACGCGCAGCACCAAGGACCACCAGCAGUACAAGAAGGACCAAAACCUGCUGUCUCCUGUAAACUGCUGGUAUCUGCUGCUGAACCAAGUGCGACGAGAGAGCAAGGACCACGCCACACUCAGCGACCUCUACCUCAACAACGUCAUCACACGCCUCUCACACGUCAGCGAGGACAACACACGCCUGCUCAAGAAAAGUAAAGAGAUCACAUUCCAGUUGCAGGAGGACCUGAUGAAGAUUCUUAACGAACUCUAUACGGUGAUGAAAACCUACCACAUGUACCACAGCGAGACUCUGAGCUCAGAGAACAAGCUGAAGGAGGCCGAGCGUCAGGGCGAGAGACAGGGCCGAGGCGGAGAGGUGUUCAGUCUGCGCAACGAGGAACGGCAUCAGCGCCGCAACGCCGCCCGCAAAAUUCAGAAGAUGAAGGAGAAGCGACAGGCUAAAUACUCUGAGAAUAAGCUGAAGGUUAUGAAAGCUCGCAACGAAUAUCUGCUGACUCUGGAAGCUACCAACGCUGCUCUCUUUAAGUACUACAUCCAAGACCUCUCCCACUUGAUUGACUGCUGUGACCUGGGCUACCACUCCAGCCUGAGCCGAGCAUUGCGCACCUACCUGUCGGCUGAGUACAGUCUGGAGACGUCUCGUCAUGAGGGGCUGGACAUCCUGGAGGGGGCAGUAGAGAGUCUGGACCCCCGCAGUGACCGGCAGCGCUUUAUGGAGACUCAUCCCACUGCCUUCACACCACCUGCUCGCUUCAACUUCCAGCCACACAUGGGAGACCAGGUGAGUCAGAUCACGGCGAUGCCGCAGGUGCAGGCUGAACUUCUUCUCCGCUAUCAGCAGCUCCAGUCACGUCUUUCCACUCUGAAGAUUGAGAACGAGGAGGUGAAGAAGACCUCAGAAGCCACCCUGAGCACCAUCCAGGACAUGCUGAACAUGGAGGACUAUGACGUGUCUGAGAGCUUCCAGCACAGCCGCUCUACCGAGUCGGUCAAGUCCAGCGUGUCCGACACCUACCUCAGCAAACCGAGCCUGGCCAAGAGACGAGCCAACCAGCAGGAGACGGAGCUCUUCUACUUCACUAAACUGCGGGAGUAUCUGGAAGGCAGUAACCUCAUCUCCAAACUGCAGGCCAAGCACGAUCUCCUGAAGAGGAGCAUAGCAGAAGGCUACAGAGCAGAUAUAAUGACCACCAGCCGUCGUCGGAACUCCCACAGCAGGCAGCAGGAUUCUGCCAAGGCCAUUCCACUGAUUGUAGAGAGCUGCAUCCGCUACAUUAACCUCUACGGUUUGCAGCACCAGGGUAUUUUCAGAGUCUCUGGGUCUCAGGUGGAGGUCAACGACAUCAAGAAUUCAUUUGAGAGAGGAAACGACCCGCUGACUGAUGAGGAGAACAACCACGACAUCAAUUCAGUGGCCGGCGUGUUGAAGAUGUACUUCCGCAAUCUGGACAACUCGCUCUUCCCCAAGGAAAAGUUCAAUGACCUCAUCGCCUGCGUCCGCACAGAGAGUCUGUACGAGCGAGCGCUGUUGAUCAGAAAACUCCUGAUGUCAUCACCACGCCCCACACUCGUGAUCAUGAGAUACCUCUUCGCAUUCCUUAAUCAUCUCUCACAGUACAGCGACGAGAACAUGAUGGACCCUGGGAACCUGGCCAUCUGCUUCGGGCCGACACUGAUGCCCACUCCAGAUCUGCUAGACCAGGUCUCCUGCCAGGCGCACGUCAACGAGAUCAUCAAGACCAUCAUCAUCCACCACGAGGUCAUCUUCCCUGACACCAAAGAGUUGGAGGGACCCGUCUACGAGAAGUGUAUGAGCACCACAGAGUACUGUGAGAGUCCAUACAGUGAACCUGGAGUGUUUGAAGAAGGAGAACAAGAUGGUGGCACAGAAACUCAGACCAGUGAAGAAGAGGGGGAGCCGGUGGAGGCCAUAGCGAAGUUUGACUACGUCGGUCGCUCGGGUCGUGAGCUCUCCUUUAAGAAGGGAGCGACUCUGCUGCUCUUCCAGAGAGCUUCUGAAGACUGGUGGGAGGGACGGUGUAACGGCACUGACGGACUCAUACCACACCAGUAUAUCACACUGCAGGAUGAGGAGGCCAUGUCAGACACUCUGAGUCAGAAAGCAGACAGUGAACACAGCAGCACUCCCACAGAUGAAGUAAACUCCAGGAGAUCCCUGACCUCCCCGACUGAACCCAGACUGCCAGAAACCUUCAUCAGCCGUCACAGGAAGAGGACGGAGGCUCUCCUGCGCCGGGCCCCAGGUCAUUGCCAUGGUAACGGUCUGGAGCGCAGCUCGCCACCGGUGACGGUGACAGUGACGGGACACUUUAGCCCACGGGAGCUGCUGCGUGGACACGGCGGACAUCAGGACAGCCCCGAAACGACACGGCGUCGUGCAGGACACAACAACAACAACAACUCCACCAACACCACCAGCAACGGCACUCUGAGCUCCAGCAUCAGCCGUCACGAGUCUCUGCGCAGGGACAGGGACAGGGAGAGUCCACCCAUCCGCCAGUCCCCGUCCUCACUACACUGCAGUGUCCCUGAGCAGCGCACACGCACACACAACACACACACCAUGGCACAGGACAUUGAGGAAACCAUGAGCCUGGCCCUGAAUGAGCUGCGUGAGCUGGAGCGGCAGAGCGGGAAACCGGACCUGGUGCUCGACACGCUGGAGCAGAUGAAGAGCAGCCCCUCCCUCCCGUCAGGUUCAACCCCCUCCACCCUGUCCAGCCCGUCCGAUUCACCGAGCCCGCUGAGUCCCCACAGCCCCCUGCCACCUCUACCUGGCCCCGCGUCCCGCCGAUGCCCCGAGCCACUCCCCUCUCCACGCUUGGGCGUGACGCUCCGCCCCCCAGCCCUACGCCCCAAACCUGCCAUCCUGCCAAAAACUAACGCUCAGCCUCCUCAACAGCCCCCGACUCCACCCCAAAGCUUCCCCAACGACAAAUCGGGCACCAUGUGAGCCUGCAACGUGUCCAACCUGAGGAAAAACAGGGUCGGCAAUAAGCCUAAGGAAUGACUUACAUACGCUUAUGGAGGGUCAGACAGGGUGAUUGUGUUAAUACUGAAUAGCUUCCACACAAGAAGAGUCAAGUAGAGUUAGUCUACGAUAUUAUAAUCAUUUACCGUGUCGUCAGGGUGGUGUGUGUGCGUGCAUAUUCUCUAAAAACAUAAUAAUAUGACUAGGACUUUACCUGUGUCUGUGUGCGUAGAUACUUUUAUAAGGAACACAUUCAGAGAUGGCAGAGAGAGAGAGAGAGAGAGAGAGAGAGAGAGAGAGAGAAAGAGAAAGAGAGAGAGAGGCUUUGGGAGUCUGGCUUCGGAAAGUGUCAUGCUUUUUUUUUCGAUGCAGUACAUUAUAAGUGCUUUAAUUUGCCAUGCCUUAUGAAAGGUCAUUCCUGCCAAAAAAGGGGGCAUCUUUACAGUUUUAUGCUGCUUUCUUUGUUUGUUAUUUAUUUGAGUUGAAGGACAUAAAACAGGUGCAUCAUGGGAAAAAGGGAUAUAUCACAUAUAGGGUGUUGAUGGUGAAUGUAGCACCUAGCCUCAAAAAGAGGGUCCGGUGAUGUAAAAAAAAAAAAAGGUCUGAAUGUAUUAAAGGGGCAGUAAGCAAAAUGUUCUGUUGAAAUAUAUUAUUCUACUAAAUGUAAUAUAUUAUGAUAUUCCAUGUGUCAAUGUUUUAUGUCGAUGACCCUGGGGUCGGUGUGAAUAUUGUCGUGUCAAUCAGAGGGCCAGGAAUCCAACAAAACAAACAGAAACCGAAGUGUUGCUUAUUGCUCCUUUAACUGAAUGUUCCACGUUAUUUAUUUAUUUUUAUUCACUCUGAUACCACAUGAAGCCUUGAUCACCACAAAAACCUUCCUAUUCACCGUGGAAGCGCAACCCGAUUGGACGCCGCAGCAGGAGGGGCGGAGCCCGGCCGUUCUGAGGGCACUCGUGUCGUGUCUUUAAUGAGCUUUAAUAAGAGCCUGUUGUGGAAUUGUGUGUGACUGGCGAAGGGAAGGAUGAGGAAAGCGUUGAAGUGAUGAAUCUGGCAUGGUGUGACUGAGCAUGUCAGGCCACGCCCUCUCUUUGGUUGCCGUGGUAACACUUUCAUUCUGGCACUGCUGGCGUUAGACGCAGACUAAACACUCUUAGAAAAAAACAAGGGUUCUUAAAAGGGGACGAAGGGUUUGGUAUUCGGACAAAAUCUCACGGGUUCUAGGCUUAAACUUUUUUCCUAAGAGUGUAGUGAUUGCCAUUCUGAUUUUUAGCCUGUACUUCCAGUGUGUGUGUGUGUGUGUGUGUGUGUGUGUGUGUGUGCACUUUAAAUAUUUCAUGUGUAACAGGCUCUCCUGUUAGUGUACUUGUAUGACUGGUGAAGUGUGUGUGUGUGUUUGUGGGCUGAUCCAAAUGUAUAGAUGAGGAGUUGAAUCAAGAGAGGUCAUGUGACUACCAAACAGCCAUGUUUUCACUUUUUUAUGCACAAAUAAUGAUUCUAAUAAUUCUCACUUUUUUCCUGAUUGUUUCUUGAUGUAUUUUUUUCUUUUCUACCUGCAAUAUUUUCUACUAAUUUAUUGAUUCGUUAAGUGGGUGACGAUUUUUUUUUUUAAACCUCGUUUCUACUGGUGCUCUCUCGCGUGACGGCGUGCGUGUGUACAGACACACACUUUUUUUUCCCCUCACACCCACACACAUGCACGCCGUGGGUUCACGCGAAAGUGCCUUUCAGGAUGUGUGUACAGAGGAGGAGCCUGUUCUGCUUACAGAUGUGUCGUGUGCCUGUCUUUCUCUGAAGCGUCGUUCCAAGAAUGAAAUUUUAAGAAUAGAGCUCUUUCCAAACAUGUAACCACUUUUGAAUGAAAAUUAAGUAUGUACAUUUAACCCAUUGUGACGUUGCACUUUCAUGUAUAGGACUGUAUUUGGCAUGUAGCAUUAUAUCAUGUUGCAGUGCAUUUUAACAAGCUGUCAAAAACUGAAUGUCUUUGAAAUAAAGUAAGUUCAUAUGCA